AUUUUUGGACCCUUCCACAGCCCGCUAAAACGGCUGCAAUACCAGACUUGGCCGCUAAGCGGAAGUAUGCACUGCCGGCGCUCUGACUGAAGAAGAGGACGGAGAAGAAGAAAGGGAAGAAGACGCAGCUCGGAAUCUCCACUAUAUAUUCUCGAUCAACUCCCACCCUGCGGCCCCCCGCCCGGCCCCUGCUCCUCAUGGCGAGGGUCUUCGUCUACGGCACCCUGAAGCAGGGCCAGCCCAACCACCACCGCAUGUUGGACCCCGCCCACGGCCACGCCCACUUCCUGGCCCCCGCCCGCACCCUGGACCGCUAUCCGCUGGUCAUCGCCGGGGACAACCACAUCCCCUACCUCAUGAACCUCCCCGGGGAGGGGGUGCGGGUGUGGGGGGAGGUCUACCGCGUGGACGAGCGCAUGCUCGGCUUCCUGGACGCCUUCGAGUGCGUUCCCACCAUGUACCAGCGGACGGUGGUCCGGCUGGAGGUGGAGCGAUGGGAGAAGGGGGCGUGGCCGGAGUCAUCCAAUGAGGACAUGCCGCCCGAGGGGGGCACGGUGGAGGCGCACAUGUACAGCACGACCACGUUCGAGCCAGAGUGGCGUGCGCUGCCCACCCACGAGAGCUACGACGCGCACGGGGAACACGGGCUGGUGUACGUUGACCGCGAGUCAAGGCAAUGAAAUUAGGCAUGCCCCCCUGUUUUGUAACCCCCCCCCCCCCCCCCACACACACACACACACCCCCCCACGCACACACCUUCAUAUACUUUGUGAUGUGUAGUAUGUACUAGUGCUGAUUGAUUAAUCAAAUUCAUACCUCGUUCGCAAUGUAAUGGAACGCGAUUUGCAAAUCAGGAAGGCUUUGAUUAAAAAAAACGAAUGUUUUACUUUUUCUUUUACAAUUUUACUUUUUUCAAUAGUUAUAAUAUAGUUAUAAUAUCAAUUCAUCUCAACACAUAGGCCUGGCCUAAGGGAAAGAGCAGUUUAUAUGUUGACGGCUUCCAAUGUUAUGUUGGUCUUCAGUGUUUCCCCUAGAAUUUUUUUUAGGCCCGGUGGUAAGAGCUGAUAGUGUGAUUUGUUAUACAUUUUUCACGGGAUGCUAGAGUAUUUGUUGGUUAUUUCCAUAUAAAACACUUGCUUAGCCAUCACAAGUUGAUAAUGAUUCAAUAAACACGUUAUUAACAAUAAACUAAUUUUAUUUACAAUACACAAAUUUUAUUUACAAUACACUCAUUUUAUUUACAAUACACUCAUUUUAUUUACAAUACACUUAUUUUAUUAUGAACACAGUGAACAUGGCUGGUUGCUACACUUAAUCUUUCUAGGCUUUUGGAAGAAUUGCUCUGCCAUGCUAAUGAUGAUAUAACUUAAUGCUGUCAGAUUGUCCGUUAUGAUGGGGCAUCAUCUGCGCACGCGCGACACAGAAUAUAUAUAUAUAUAUAUAUUUAUUUUUUUUCCUCUUUUUCGUUUUUUUGGCCGGUUGUUGGCCUGGCGGGGGCGCUCGUUGGCCUGGCGGCCCGCCAGGCCUGAACAAUGGUAGGGGAAACACUGGUCUUACUGUAGAAUGAUUUAUUGAUUGUUUACUGAGUAUUACAGAAUAUAAAGGAACUUCAAAAAGAAAAAUCGUUUGCUAAAUCGCAAUAUUGGUCGGAAUAAUCCCAAUUUGAUUAUCACCCCAAAUUGUUCAGCCAUAUGGUCCAGGUCGAAGGGAUUCAAACAUGGACUCCUCUCUGCUCCUUCUGUGUGUGUGUGUACUUAUGUAUGUACAGUAUGUAAUGUGUGUGUGUGUGUGUGUGGGGGGGGGGGAUCAACCGUGGAGUGUACUGGACUCUUCUCUGCUCCUUGAUCAGAGUGGUGAAAAUGGAUAGAAAAUAAUAUACCUCUACUUUGUUAUAAUGUAAAACGUUGACCAGAUAAAUGCAUUGGAUAAUAAUUAAUUAACCAUUAAUAACCAAUUAAUAAACCAAUAAUGGUUUGCAAUCAUGCAUAUAGAGGCAGCCAACCUACCAUAGCUAAAUCUGUCGUUUUUGAGAGAGGCCUUACUCCCAAUGAGCCAACUGGGAUUUACCGUAUAAUAAUCUUAAAUACACCAGAAAAGACAAGCUUGUAAAACCUUGCUUACACAUUGUGCGUGUUUGUUUGUGUGUGUGACAGUAAAAUAUAUUUUUUAAAAGCCUGAAACAACUACAAUCUAGAAGUUGUGUGUGUGUGUGUGUGUGUGUGUGUGUGUGUGUGUGUGUGUGUGUGUGUGUGUGUGUGUGUGUCAGCUGUAGGGCUAUCAAACAAGGUGCCCGCCUCACUUUUUAGAUUUAUUAUGGGCUUUGAACUUUUUCAUUUUAAUUUAAAAAGGAUUCAUUAAUGAAGAAUUUCCUGAAUCGAAGCUUCAGUCGACUGGUGGAUUUAAACUGCAACCAUGGUUUCUCUAUCGAGCAGUAGAGUACAGGACAGCCACCAUAUUUGAAGUCCAAUGUCUGGCACGAAAGAAACAUGGACGCAAACAUAAAUUAUAUUUUGGAAUUUCUAAAUGUUUGUUCCUCUAAGGAUGACCAAAGUUAACGUAACGGACUCCUAAACAAGUUACAGGCAUUUAAAAUGCAUUUUAAUGCAUGUACAUCCAGAAUCACAUUGUAAAAUCCACUCUGAACCCAUCAAUAUGUGAAAUGCCAUAAUGGUCUACCUCAAUCAUCGUUAUGUACAUGUAGUGUAUUACCCGAGUACACACAGGACUUCAGCCAAUCAAAUGGGAUUUUGCGGGAAAUAGUUUUCAAAAUAGGUGACAAAUAAAUCAGAAUCACAGUGAUUGAUAUAUGUGAGAGGUGUAUUUAAACCGAACAGACAAGUUCAUAUUUGUUGAUUUGAAAGUAUGCUUUUAAGACAUUGAGGGUGUGAUUUGAUUCUGAUAUACAGGAGAAAUUUAAUUUACUUUUUCAUCUGGUUUUUCUGUAUGUGUAGCCCCCCAAAUAAAUUAAACAUUCCACUGGUUAUAAA